AAUCUAAAAACCAUAACAGUUUGGUCUCCAUUCUACGUUAUAUUGGUAAAUAAGACGAUCAAGUAUAUUUGUCAAAAUAACAUUGCCCAGCUAAAACGUUAUCGUUUGUUAGGAAUGAGUUCUUCACAACGCAAUAUCGACAAAUCAGAGCUUGACAGAAAGGUAAAUGACGUUGUGCACCUGAUGCUUAUAUGGGAGCAACGAAAAAUCCCAAUAAAAAGAGCAGACAUUAACAAGCAUGUGUUAAAAGAAUACCGUCAUGCAUUUAAUGAGGUUAUGAAAAUAACCGACAAGAAACUGCAAAAAGUCUUUGGAUUAAAACUUUUGGAAAUAGGCGAAAGUGGAAAACGUGCUUAUAUUCUAGUCAACAUGCUUGAACAUUCAGAAACCCAACAAAUGAUGAACUGGAAUGACAACCCAAAAAGAGGAUUGCUGUUUACUGUGUUGUCUCUCAUAUUUAUGUGUGGGAAUUCUAUGACGGAUGGCACCUUCUGGAAUGCUUUAAAGGGACUAGGCAUUGAAAAAGAUAAACCUCAUCCAGAAUUUGGUGAUGUAAAAAAACUGAUAACCCAGGAGUUUGUCAGGCAAUGGUACCUUGAAAUUGUUAAACUACCCAACUGUGACCCACCACAGUAUGAAUACAAGUGGGGAUUACGAGCGUAUCAUGAAACAAGCAAGAUGAAAAUCCUUGAGUUUGUGACUUCACUUUAUGAUAAGUCCAGUGUAAUGGUGUGGAAAUCACAGUACCAGGAUGCUUUGGAGGAACAACGCAAAACGAUCUAGUUUUACUGGAUUAUUGUACUUUAAAUGCCAAUUUACUACUAUACAUAUAUGGCGUGACCAAGUUAUGGAAGAGCAGAACACUUGGAAAAAAAGGUGACAGCUGCGCUGUAAGCUGGAAGACAAGUGAUGUGAAUGGUGUUGGCAAAAGUGUCUUUAUAAAUUGAUUUGUUAUCAUUCUUUUAUAAAUUUCUUUUCUUUUUUUAUUACUGUGGUUAAGUGACCCUGGUCAUUUCUCCAAUAAAGCUCUUUAUUUAUUGAAAGCCGUUUAGCACCAACCAAACUAAUUAGCAUAUAUGUGUGACAAUUUUGCUA